UAUUGCUCCCCUCUCCUGUCAGUUUUAGGUGAGAACCCAUGGUUUCACAUCUAUCCUUGAGUAGCCAUUCCUCAGGAUGAGCAGCCCCACAGACAUGAGCCCGCUCACAUGCCUGCUGAAGCUCACCAUGUGCUUGUGAAUUCAUGCCCAUUGUUACCAGUUUUCUGUGUGUCCCUUUCUCCCUCCCUUUCAAGAAGCAACCAAUGCUGCAUGAAACCUUUGCCUUGCCCCUGCACAUCAUAGGCAGUCAAAAGUUGGACAACCUCUCAUCAGCAGAGGACAAUGGGAUCAAUACCCUGCACCCAUUGACUUACAGAUGGAAACAGGAGACGGCUCAGAAAGCCACCAUCUCGCCGGCGACAGCACAGAAACAGAGACUAAUGAGGGACCAAUUCUGGGUCCAGUUCGACAAUAUCCCCAUCAGGGGUCACCCGCUGAUCAAGGAUCGUCUGGAGGUCGAAUACCUGAACAACAAAGUGUUAAAGUGGGUGCUCCCCACUCCAGACUUCCUAGCCCCUCAUUGCGAUUUCAUCACCGCCGUCCUGGAAGUGAACUCCGAAACGAACCCAGAAUUCCCGGAAGAAUGGGAAUUCUGCAUCGGGGAGGAAACAUCUUCAGUUACAGUCUCAACUAAAGACGCUCCCAUCUGCUUCAGAUGCAGAGAAAGAGGACACCUGGGCACAGACCCAGCCUGUCCGAGAUCCCCUGAACAUUCGAAAGAGAAGAAACUGAGACAGAACAUGUUGGUGGAAGUGGAGGAAGCAAAAGGCAUCUGGUUCGUCAACGACCAGGAUUACAAUGGAUGGGUCUUUGACGACACCAUUGAAGAUCCAAAGUGGAUCUGGAUAUAUAACACAAAGGCAACAACAAAACAACCAGACAUCUUCCCCCCAUCAGACAGCAGAUGGCAUGCAGUGGGAGCGAAGAAGGUGACAGGGAUUCCAGGGAAGAUCCACAAAGAUCAGAUCAUCGACCCACGAGCAAUCAGGGAGGAAAAGAAACAUGAGGAUCUGUUGUGGGACAUGGAGACAAUCCGGAUCCAGACAGCAGAAGCUUGCCAAAACACAAACUUGGACAACAACACGCUGAUACAAGAGGCAAAAAAGACCCUCGAACACCGCCACCCCAAAGCUGAGAUCCCCCCUGCUCUCAAACGUAACGCCUCCCCCUCAUCCAAAGGAUGCAAAGAGGACAGAGCAGGAAAGAAGAGGAGGGCGACUGAGGAGGGCUCAGGCAAAAUGCACAAGACUGAUCAAUCCUCCACAGACGACACCCCCCCCGGGGCAGACCCGAGCUCACCAGCUGCCUCACAGACAGGAAUGGAUAUCUCGCCAAACAAAGUGAGUCCCAUUUCGUGGCUUGAGGAGUACCUGCAGAGAGCAAAAUACGAGAGAGAGAAGGAAUUCGACAUGGCCUGCAUGAAACACCUGGAGAAGACGGGGAAGCCGGUCACCGGUAAAACAGUGGCAGGAAUCCCCCACUCCAAGAACUUCUUCGAUCUGCUGCACAUGAAAUCUGAACUAUCGGAGUUCAGUGCGUUCAGAUCAUAUGAAAAAAAGAGAGAGAGAGAAUCUGUAGGAAUGGAGACAGGUACAGGAUUCGACCCCCGAGCCUCAACGGACUCCAUCCGCAACAUGGUCUCCAAAAACUGGAAACCGUCGAAGGGAAGGGACAAGAGACCAAGAGGCCCCCCCAAAGAUGAGGCUGGCAGCAAGAACGAGCAGCGCCGACUCACGCAAGAGAUUGCAACAGUGGCAGCACAGACCAAGCGGCUGUUCGACCAGAACAUGGAUUACAAAAAGGAACAAGGGGAAAAAUUCAUCACAGUCCGGAUGAUAGCUGAAAACAAAGCGCCCAGUGUCACCAAAUCAGCUGCAGCAGACAGGGGGACAGUCAGGGCAGUGAGACCUCUGAUACCAGUCCGGUUCAGAAGCAAGUUUAACGAGUGAGCCCUGGCAAAGAGCAUCAGGGACAACAUCUCUGCAGAUACCCCGCUGGGGGUGUACGGGCUCCCUCCACGUGAGGCGACAGUCGAAGGGAAGACACUGGAUGAGCCGAUUCUCACCCCUUUCGACCCCAUCCUGGUCAAGCUGGAGGAAAAGGCCAAACUCAGCGAUGGCUUGACAUGGAGGGCAUGGGACACAAUCACAAUGCUCCAACACAACGUGCUGAAUGGGAGAUUCAGCACGAACGACAUCAUUUUUGCUGACUCGAUGGCAGACAUCAUCAGAACCCACCUCCUGACAUCUAGGACCUCACUGCAGGACGAGGCGACCCCCAUCUACGUGGAGAUGGGGAAUGAGGAAGUGGACAUGGUAAACGAAGAAGAAGAGGACUUGGGUUCGGGAGACAAGUUCUCCCCCGGGGGAGAGGAUGAGGAGCCGCAUCCGGUAACAGAGAGCAGCGCUGGGGAAUACAGCAUGGACGCCGCAGCAUCAAAGGAGGACAGCUGGGACUCGGACUCAGAGAGCAGCAAGGCCCAGGCAGCAGUGGACUGAAAAACUCACCAUAAUGGACAGCAAACUCUCACCGCACAAACCAAACAAAUGAACAACAACUGA